AUGUCACUUGCAGCUGCCUGCAAGCUUUUUCUCUGCUUCAUCCCCCUACGUUUAGCUGCACCCAGCAACCACUCAUAUCUCAACAGCGAUGCGCCACAACAGCCAGUCACCGAAACCAUUCCAGCUGUUUUUAUGCAAACGACCAGCUAUCUGCCACUUCUAAAUGAGUUUUCCAGGAAUCUAGCAGCAGAUGAGUCAAAUGCAGAUUUCAACGAAAACAUCGAAGCUGAUCUUUUCAAUGUUGAAAACACGUUUUGUUAUGAUGAGAUGGAAUGGUUCAUUGAUGAAUGGUUGAAAACAGUGGACAAUGCUGGUCAAAGCCCAGUCUCGAAUGAGAACUUGGCUGCCGAGCGAGGUGCUAUGGAUUUUGAAGCCAUGCUUCGCGUAACCGAACCGAAUGCAGUCCAAACUCCAGCUGCAACCUCGGAUGCUCUCACUGAUCAACCAGAACUGUGGAAUUCGAAACUUGAUGGCAACGCAUUUACAACUUUGAUUUCGAGAAAUGCUCUGGCUGCUGAUUUGGAUCAGCUGGAGCGCAUUGAGCAAAAGCCCAUUAAUUCUUAUGGCACAGUGACGCUGCACAGCAGUCCUCUUCUUACGGGCGAUACAGCACAGUUUCCUUCAGAUCUAGUGAACUCAUCCAGAAACAAUCGUGUAUCGGGAGAUUUCUCUUCGAUUCCUUCCACUGAUGUUGACAGCAGGUCACUUUCAAUACUUCUGCAAAGCCGCACCACUAAUAAACUCUGGUCAGAUGUAGCUUACCAGCAUGGUUCUGCUAGCGGAUCAAGUGCACUCUCCACGCUAAGACCCGUCGAUUUAGAACUUCGACCGAAUUCAUAUCUUUCUAUAGAUCCAUUUACAUCACAGGGCGCUACUGGAGGUCCGACAGUAUCAAAUCUUAUUGUGAACUCUGCUGCCAAUACGACUCUUGUGUCAGACACAUCAGACAAAUGCAUCGCCAUCAGGCAGCUAAAAAAGAAAUUAGAAAUUCCUGCUUUGCACUGGUAUAAUCCGAUUCCUUCUGUCCUUAAUCAUGUACCAAUUGGUAAAGCGAAUGUGACGGCGCCACUGCACUUUAUAACCAAACAAUCGACCAGCCCCAAAAAACCAACCAAAAAACUAACCACUUCCCAGCCAGAUCCUACCCAAACCUCAGUUCGAACUGGGUUGACCACAGUUUCAUUGGCCGGAACAAUCCCUUCUGCUCAAGCAAGCUGCAGCACGAAAUCAACCAAAGAGCUCACCUGCGGAAGAUGUGGCAAGCUGUUUUUUGCCUACCGCGUUUUCAAAAAACAUCUCAGCAGCCAUAACAAGAAAGGCGAAUACCGAUGCAACUGGCCCGAUUGCGGCAUUCACGAAAAAAGCUACAAACGCCUCUCACAGCACUACUUACAACACAUGCCGAAAAGUGAUAUACGCAAGUGCGAGGAGUGCGGCAAAACUUUUGACAGCCUCUUCCAUUCAAACUUGCACAAGCAAAGAGUGCACACCAAAGGUGAGCUUUGUUUCUGA